CUGAGUCGGCAAUAUCCUGAGUACAGGGGGUCUUCAUCUGAUCUUGGACAGGCUGCUAAAGAUACUGUGGUGGCAUUUUUGUGUCGUCGUUCUCCACAGACCUCAAGGAUUUUUCUGUGACAUCCUGUGAGGAUUGGCCACCUGUCACGAUCUGCAUAUAGAAUACAUUAUCUCUUGCACUAAUCAAGCAAUCACUAUGUAACAGACAAGUCUGCAAGAUCCACUGAUUCCUCUCAAUAGGCAAUGGAAAAGAGGUCAAUUGCAAGAAAAGCAUCCAAAAAAAAUAAUAUGACUUCUUCUGUCAAAGUGUAUUACAGUCAGACGACUCAGACUGAUAGCCGACCUCUGAUAGGAUCAACUUUGAGAAGGAGACGAGUAAUGACUAAAGAUGGACGAAGCAAUGUGCGCAUUGAUCACAUCACAGACAAAAGUUUCCUUUACCUCAAGGACCUUUGGACAACAUUUAUUGACAUGCAGUGGCGCUACAAGCUGCUUCUAUUUUCAGCAACUUUUGCAGGAACAUGGUUCUUCUUUGGCGUCAUUUGGUAUUUGAUAGCCCUUGUGCAUGGGGAUCUCUUGGAAUACAAUGCCCCAGCUAACCACACACCAUGUGUCAUGCAAGUCCACACAUUAACUGGAGCUUUCCUCUUCUCUCUGGAGUCACAGACUACAAUAGGCUAUGGCUUCCGUUACAUCAGUGAAGAAUGUCCUUUAGCCAUUGUCCUACUUAUCAGUCAGCUGGUUCUCACUACUAUCUUAGAAAUCUUCAUCACUGGAACUUUCUUAGCAAAGAUUGCUCGGCCAAAGAAAAGGGCAGAGACUAUUAAAUUCAGCCAAAAUGCUGUAGUGUCUCAACAUGAGGGUAAGCUAUGUCUGAUGAUAAGGGUUGCCAACAUGAGGAAGAGCCUUCUGAUUGGUUGCCAGGUAGCUGGUAAACUUCUUCAGACACAUCUAACAAAAGAAGGUGAGAAUGUACAUUUAAAUCAGAUCAAUGUAGACUUCCAGGUGGAUACAUCAUCUGAUAGCCCCUUUUUGAUCCUUCCACUCACUUUUUAUCAUGUGAUAGAUGAGGCUAGCCCUCUGCGGGAUGUGGCCCUUCGCUCUGGAGAAGGAGACUUUGAGCUGGUAGUUAUCCUUAGUGGGACAGUGGAACCAACUAGUGCUACUUGUCAAGUGCGCACUUCUUAUCUUCCAGAUGAAAUCCUUUGGGGCUAUGAAUUCAGUCCAGUAAUAUCUCUCUCCACCAGUGGGAAGUAUGUGGCUAACUUCAGCCUCUUUGACCAGGUGCUUAAGGUGUCCUCACCCUGCUGCAUCCAUGAAAGUGUUCGUUAUGGGGAUUCGGAAAAGCUCAAACUGGAAGAAUCCUUCAGAGAUAAACCUGAGAAAGAAGGAAGUCCCUUAAGUGUGAGGAUCAGCAAUGUUUGAUGCCUGGAAUGCCACAGAAAAAUAAUAGAUACUGAUUAAAUAAUAUUCUACUCUAUGUUAGAUACCUGGUAACCACUGGCAUCGGCCCAGUGCACUGUCCCUAUGUCUCUAGAAACAUAGAAAAUAGUAGCAAACCCACCAAAUGAAUGUUUUUGAAGAAGAUUAUUAAUUUGUUAUUUUUUAGUGAAAUACUAUAUUUUAAACAGGGCAUUUAUACCCAGUGAAUAGCUGGGACACAGAGACAUUUUAGCAGCUGCAAUAUAAUAAAACAGUUCCGAUUUACAAAAUGAAUCUACAGGAACAACAAGACUUUUUUGUUUUUGUUUUAUUAACAUUACCAAGAAAGGGCAUUUUUAUGUUUUUCUGAACCACUAUUUCUGAGUGUAAUGCACAGACUUAAAUCUCAGUCAGCAAUCAUGGUUUCACAGCAAUGUUAUUUACGCAUUUCACUGUAAAUAAGUCUCUAAAAAAAAAGGUGUUUUUUUGGCAGAGUUUAGCCAGGAUUGCCAUUCUCUGUGCUGUGGAGACAACCACUGUGAUCAUGACCAGCAUCUCAAUAUCUGCAUCACUAUAUCAGUUGACAUGUAAAUUGUCUUGGCUUGUAUAUACAUUUCUAAGUACUUGUCAUUAUUCCAUGCCUUCCAUCUGAAAUGGGUGCUUUGUCUACAUCCCUCCUGUGUGCCUUGAGAUGACAUGUGUCCAUGUCAGUAACUGCCAUAAAGUGAACUCAUGGUCAAAAAGUAUCGUUGCUGUGGUAACAUUUCCUAAACAAACAGAGCCAAUCUUAGGAAGAUAUAAGCAUAUUAAGAAAGAACAUAUAAUUCAAAUGGUAAAUAGUUAUUUUGUGCUGAAAAGACAACAAUAAAACCGCUGCUAAAGACUGAUGGGUAAACUUGCUAUUUAUCCAGAGGAGCUCGAUGAGAGGAGGCCUUAAUCAAAAGAAAUACUUCAGGACAAGAUAUGUAACUGAAUAAACAAGAAAUGGUGUCUGUAUUGCAUCUUCCAUAUCACUGCUGCAUUUAGCAGAACUACUGAUGAUGGCAAAAUCAGUGAACAAUGUGUGUAUGUCCUGAAUAUGAAUGCUACUAACACAGCACCUUAACCAUAGUAAUAUAUGAAUGUGUUGUAUAUAAACUUUUGUUGAAUCAAUAUUCUGAUACGUGUAAUUUAGCGAGAAGAUGCAUAUUUUUUACUGCUCAUAUUAACAUAUAUAUCUACUAAAUCUUAAUACACUGGAUUCUAGAAGUGUUUGUAGAGGACUGAUAAAGCAAUGUUAUUGAUUUUGAUUACAACUGUGUGAAAAAGCAGAAAUAAACAUGAGUAAAAAAGUCUAA